GGCGGGGGUCGAAAGUCGGCGGGGUCCUGAGGAUAGACACCGGUAGGGACUGAACACUCAGGGUACAGAUUUGUGGGAAAGGGGCUUGGAGGGAGGAGACGCGAGAGCGGAGGGGGUGCGUAGUACCGGAGGAGGCGGGAGAAUUAGGAGAGAAGACAGAAGGGAAAAGGAUCCUCUGACUAUCCAUUCCUAGACCCCGGCCCCGUCACUAUUGAGCGCUUAGUCGGGCCUCCCUUAGUUGCAACCCCGGCUGUCGGUAGGGUCAGGAGAUGGCUUCUCCCUCUAGACAGGCCUCCCUUGGGGGGUCGGGACUGCUUCAAGGGAGCCGGGCUCGUUCUUACGGAAGCCUGGUGCAGUCGGCUUGCUCCCCGGUGAGGGAAAGACGCCUGGAGCAUCAGCUGGCCCCCGGAGACACCCUGGCUGGACUAGCACUCAAAUACGGGGUGACGAUGGAACAGAUUAAGCGUGCAAACCGCCUUUAUACUAAUGACUCCAUCUUCCUGAAGAAAACCCUCUACAUCCCCAUCCUGACAGAGCCCAGAGACCUGUUCAAUGGUUUGGAUUCUGAGGAAGAGAAAGAGGGAGAGGAAGAAGUACAGUCAAGUAAGGAUGAAGUUCAGCCACACUCAGCUGACAGGAAGAAACGAGAAACAGGUUCAGGACGUGCUAACGGUGAAGUCCUUCCCACACCUGGCUGGGAACCCCACACUCCCAUCCAUGACCUCUCUGCCUCUGAUUUCCUUAAGAAGCUUGAUUCACAGAUCAGCCUGUCAAAGAAGGCUGCUGCCCAGAAGCUGAAAAAGGGGGAAAGUGGGGUACCUGGGGAGGAGUCAGGCCUUCACCUGAGUUCCCCUCGGAUGCAGCAGCGAGCAGUCCUAGGUCCGGUCCCGUUGACCCGGACCUCUCGGACCCGGACACUUCGGGACCAGGAGGAUGAAAUCUUCAAACUCUGAUGUCCCCAGAAAUGAUUGGGAGAAGCAAGAUGUUGAAGUAGCAACUUGAGGGGGAGAGGAGCCUGAGGUGAGGCUCAAGAACACGGCUUCCCGGCCCGCCUCCCUCCCUCCUGCCUUCGUUCCAGCCUUCUCGUUGAUCUAGAGUUCCUUGGCCCGGGGCAGCUUGAUUGGCAAGAGUAGAGGAUGGGGAACAGACCCCUCCUCAGUUCUUUGUCUGAAUCUAGAGCUGUCCUUCAGAUUCAAAAGGCUCUUUUUACGUCCCUGUUGGCUUCCCCGUCCCUUUUACCUUCCCUUGGCCUUAGAACAGGGUGGCGAGGACUCCCUCAGCCCCCAGCCUCCUUCCUCUCCGUCUCCAACUAUGUUACCUAAUUUAUUUGGUGCUAUAUUGAAGUAGUAUUUAUUUGCUGUAUCGUACAUUUCCCUCUUAUAACUGAAAAAUGGGAUUUCUAUAACUCUGGGGUGAAGGGAGCCCAGGAGUAGUAAGCCAAUGCCCGCUGGCUCCCCACCUUCCCCACCUUCUUAGCCAAGCAUGUCACUGAGGGUGGGGCAAUCCGUGAUCUAGCCCCUCUGCAGAGAAUGGUGGACCGUGCUGGGGCUUUUCCCCAGUCUCAAUGUAAAGAAUUUGGGCUCAGUCUUAACCAACCAGUCCACUAUAAUUUGUUUAUAACUCUUGCUCUGAGAAAAAGCAGCAACAUAGGAACUGGAACUCUCCACAUCACCAGUUCACCCUUCUGACCUGCUCCUCUGUUCAGCAUGUGUGAGGCUAAGGGAUGACAGAGGAGUUACUUUGGAGUUUGAGGAGGAGGACAGUUGGGGGAGACUUGCUGGUGCGGGAGUUUCUUUGUUACACUCCCUCCCCACCAGCGCUGUUGAUCUAUGCCUUGCUCCUCACUGCGUAUUUAUUUGCAAUCUGUAGCACUGAUCUGUGGUACUGGGUUUUUUUUUUGUUUUUUUUGUUUUUUUUAGAGUUUCUUAAGCAGCAGUAGGCAAGGGAACCCCAAUACUACUGGCACUAUGCCUCUGUCUCCUGUCUGGAAAUGGUGAGAGGCUAGAUAAGCGGUGUUUCUCUUUCCCUCACCUCUGUGAUGGUCAUAAGGUGUAAGAAGCUGGAGAGAUUAAACACUGAGCCCUGUG